AUGUGGCCGUGGAAGAUCAAUGACCUGAUCCGCCAACCCAAUUCAGCUCUCUUACAAGACCCCGAAAUUGCUAAUGCUGUCCAUGGCUAUCUGGGCGAUGGGUAUGUGCCAUACCAACGAGCUGGAAAUCUGUUAGCGCUUAUCCAGAAAGGCCCCAUAGAGAAUGGCCAAUAUGAAUCCACGAAGAAUAUAAUGUUCAUCUUGCAAAAGAAUAAGCUCGAAAAGCUGAUCAGGUAUCUAAAUGAGACCACUGCUACACUGCGCAGAAUCCGGGAGGCUAGCGUAGCAAAAGCAGAUAUUAGUGUCCAACCAACAUCAAGGACUAUUUCACGCCUGGCCUCGAGCCUCCAUACUAUUCGUAUUUAUGCAAGCACCUCAUACUCAGCAGUCUCGGCUGGAUAUAUGGUAAGCUGUCACCCACAACAUGAGACGGGGUCCUUUCUUCAUAGCCGGCCAGCGCUUCUGGAGAGGAAGAAACAUGUUGGCCUCAAAAACGCAUCUGUAGCGUUUACAGUGGAGUUUGCACCUAGCGAAGUGGUUAUCAAUUUUCCAACUGAAAGACUUGAUCCUCCGAUGAAAUUAGGCGACCUCUGUCUCUCAAUAACCCAGGCGAGGGAUCAUAAAAUCUUUCUCGACAUAUAUCUUUCUCGGAGCGGAAGACUUUAUGCUAAUAAUGAGAAAGGGAAUACUAUCUCACUAAAGCAAGUCCUUCAGAGCAUGGGGCAACGGGAUCAAUCCUCACAUAUCCAGUGGACUCUCAACCAGCGCUUAGCUCUUUCAUUUAACAUCGCGUCUGAUAAGUCACUUAUGCACAGAGGAGGAGACCAACAUAUGGAUAUGCCCCAGCCUUUUAUCCGUCAGACAUCUGAUUACGGUGCUAAAGAUUCAGCACCAGGUGUUUAUAAUCCGAAACGAUCGAUGCUUGAGCUUGGUAUUAGACUUUUGGAAUUAUGGCACCCCAAAACAUUCGAGACAUAUGCCGCUGAGGGAGGCUGGGAUGUCCAAAGUGACUUCGGUAGUCGAUAUGAUGUCGCACGUUAUCUGGAGGUGGUUACGAGAUGCGUUGAGUGUACGUUCGCGAUAAGCUGUGCAACGCCUACUUGGGGUGAUAUUGCGUUCAGGAAAUCUGUAUGCGAAUAUAUUUUGAAGCCACUUUUGGAGAACUGUCCCUCUAAUUCCUGA